UAGGCUAUGGUUUUACCCGCCACAGCAUUUUAUAACUCGGCUAAACAUCAAAGGCAUAUUAUAUAAUAUUCAAAAUUUAGUUUGAAAGAUCCAAACACAUUUAUGUGGGCAUAGUAAAGGAACAUGCCCAAUCUGCAGAAUACAGCACUUGCCCAACUGCAGGGUGUACCAGUGGAAACUCAGCGGAAUGAAUCGCAUCUCACCAAUUCGUCGGCCGAGUCCAGGCUUAGUUUUCUGAAGCGCUUCUUUAAGAUCGGCAAAAAGCCGCUUAUGCUUCCCUACAAGAAAAAAGGGAGCGCAGUUUCCUUCGAUGGCGAGAAUGAGGCCAACACAUUACCUAAUAUAUUUUCACGAAAGAAAGCGCCUGCGCCUCUCACGGAUAGAACAUUGUCCUUUAUAAAUAAUCGCGAUCAGUCAACCUCCAUGGCAAAUCCGGUCCCGCAGAACAUGCCGUUGCGCAUCACAAAGACCAAAAUGAGCUUCUGGAAACGGUUGUUCCCCCGUCAGAAGAGCCAGCCCAAUGACGAAACCCCUAACAAGGAGACGUGUGCCGGAAACGAGCCUGAGGAACUGCAGCAGGUGCAAAUCGAUCCGGAGAACCAGUCGGCAAAGGACUUAGAAGAACCACCUCUUGGUGAAAGCCAGGAGCAAAACCUGCCUGAGCCAGAGCGUGUGACUGCUAACACGUCCAUGAAAAGUGGAUAUCUUUCGUUUGGGGCUAAGCCGGAGGAUCCAGAACCCAAUCCGCAAACAUCCGAAGAAGUUAAUCUGCCAAUCGACCUGAAGCCAGAGCGUUUGAAGCCCAAGACGCCCAUGAAGAGUGCCUAUCUUUCGUUUGCGACUGAGCCGGAGGAUUCGGAACCCAGUCAGCCAGCAACCGAUGAAGUCAUUCUGCCAAUUGACACGGAACCAGACCGCUCGAAGCCCAAGACGCCCAAGAAGAAAAACGCCAGGGAUAUGUCCGAGGAACAGAUUCUAAGCACAUACAAACGUGACAUUCAUCCCGCUGCGGCUGAGCCACAGGAUGCGACACCCAAUCAGCCAGUUUCCGAUAAAAUCGAUCCAUAGGACAUUGAAGGACUUGUUUUAGCAUAUGCAGUUCACUGCCUAAAAACCGAAAAAAAAGCUUUUAAGAAUUUCGGACGACAAUUGACGACCAAAUCACAUGAGUCCCUUAAAUUUUAGUGGCAAGCCUUAAUUCAUUUAUCCUGAUAAGUAAACCAAUCCUUUUUUGCCGUCUGUGGGUUCACAGAGUUCAGUUAAA